UAUAUAUAUUAUUAAUCAGAGCAAUUAAAGAGCAUUUUUGACAUUAAUUUAUUCUUUGUCCAAAAUUAAAACAGGAAAAAGUACUCAUAAUCAGCGGAUAGAGAGGCUAUGGAGAGAUGUCUUUUCUGGAUGCCUUAGCCUUUUUCAUGGUCUUUUGGAAAGUGAACAURGUUUGGAUGCAAGUGAUGACUCCCAUUUAUGGUGCAUACACUAUGUUUUCUUACCUAUCAUUGAUAGGCAUUUGACCACAUGGAAAGAUGCUUGGAUUCARCAUCCAAUGAGGACACAAAAGAACAAGUCUCCCAUGCAAUUGUGGAUAAGGGGGCUUCAAUCUGCUUGGAGGUCUCAUUCUACAGAGGAUGAAGUUUUUGAGAAUGAAGGUGAUAACUAUGGAAUUGGUUGGGGUGGACCUCUUCCAGAAAUAUCUGAUGAAGUUGAAGUUGUUGAAGUUCCAGAUACCAGGAUGAAAUUCCACUUAAUACCACUUCAGAUUCAACUACAGAUAUGUCAGCUGUUUCACAUGAUGAAAUUCCACUUAAUACCACUUCAGAUGCAACUACAGAUAUGUCAGCUGUUUCACAUGAUGAAAUUCCACUUAAUACCACUUCAGAUUCAACUACAGAUAUGUCAGCUGUUUCACAUGAUGAAAUUCCACUUAAUACUACUUCAGAUGCAACUACAGAUAUGUCAGCUGUUUCACAUGAUGAAAUUCAACUUAAUACCACUUCAGAUGCAAGAAGAAAUUCAACUUAAUACCACUUCAGAUGCAAGUACAGAUAUGUCAGCUGUUUCACAUGUAGAGGACAAAACCUUCAAACCUAUAAUAUGUGGUUUUGGCGUCAGCAAGUUAAAGGAUGGCACAAUGGUUACCAAUGCUGGUGGCAGCAAUGCUGGGACACUGGCUUACSAGCACAAAGAGCAACUUGACGGGGACAAACCUACGGUGGCUGUAGAUGUUUAUUCAUUUGCAGUGAUCAUGGGAGAGGAYCAACACACAAGCAACAUUUAA